GCGGGCGCAGUCGGAAGCCUGGCGGACCGGACCGCGGGGGCACCGCUGGGACCACGGCCGCUCCGGCCCGCAGCGCGGGUCUGGGCCGCCCGGGUCGGAGAUGGCGGCGGCGGCCGCGUCCGGGGCCCGCGCCUGGCUUGGCGGCGGCUCGCCGCGCCCGGGCAGCCCGGCCUCCAGCCCCGAUCUGGACAGGGGAGGCCGCGCGCGGCCGGAGCCGGGGCCGGGGUCCGGGCCGGGGUCGGGGCCCGAGCGGGCCAGCGCCAGGUCCCCGGGCCCCGCGGCGCUGGGCCACGCUUUCCGGAAGGUGAUGCUCACCAAGCCCACCUUCUGCCACCUCUGCUCCGACUUCAUCUGGGGGCUGGCCGGCUUCCUGUGCGACGUCUGCAACUUCAUGUCCCAUGAGAAGUGCGUGAGGCAGGUGAAGACCCCGUGCACCAGCGUGGCGCCCAGCCUGGUCCGAGUCCCCGUGGCCCACUGCUUUGGACCCCGCGGGCUCUACAAGCGCAAGUUCUGCGCCGUGUGCCGCCGGAGCCUGGAGGCGCCCGCGCUCCGCUGCGAAGUGUGCGAGCUGCACGUCCACCCCGACUGUGUGCCCUUCGCCUGCAGCGACUGCCGCCAGUGCCACCAGGACGGGCACCGGGACCACGACACGCACCACCACCACUGGCGCGAGGGGAACCUGCCCUCGGGGGCGCGCUGCGAGGUGUGUCGGAAGGCGUGCGGCUCCUCCGAGGUGCUGGCCGGUCUGCGCUGCGAGUGGUGCGGCGUCCAGGUGCACACGGCCUGCUCCCCGGCGCUCGCCCCGGAGUGCACGUUCGGGCGCCUGCGGACCCUGGUGCUGCCCCCCGCGUGCGUGCGCCUGCUGUCCCGCAACUUCAGCAAGACGCACUGCUUCCGCGUCUCGGAGCGCGCCUGCCCCGAGCCAGGUGAGCUGGUGUGGGCGGGGGAGCCGGGGGCGGGACCCCGAGUGAGGCCCGUGUGUGCAUCCACAGACGAGGGCGACGACGGCGAGGACGGAGGCGACCCCGCGGGCUCGGGCAGGGAGCUGCCGGUGCCGGAGUCCAACAAGCAGACCCUGAAGAUCUUCGACGGCAACGACGCGGUGCAUCGGAAUCGCUUCCGAGUGGUCAGCGUCCCCCGCCUGGCCAGGAGCGAGGAGGUGCUGGAGGCUGCGCUGCGGGCCUACUACAUCACGGAGGACCCCCGGGGCUUCGAGCUGCAGGCGCUCCCCUGCCCGCUGCAGGCCGGCGACCCCGAGGCCGGAGGGAAGGCCGGGAGUGGCAGGACUUUGGAGGAGGAGGGUGGCAGGGGCCCCAGGUCCCGAGAGGUCACCCCUGAGGCCUGGGUCAUCCGCACCCUCCCUCGAACCCAGGAUGUCCUGAAGAUCUACCCCGCCUGGCUCAAGGUGGGUGUGGCCUACGUGUCCGUCCGCGUGACCCCCGAGAGCACUGCGCGGACCGUGGUACUGGAGGUCCUCCCGCUGCUCGGGCGCCAGGCCGAGGGUCCUGAGAGCUUCCAGCUGGAGGAGGUGUUCAUGGGCAGCAGGCAAGUGCAGCGGACGGUGCUGGCCGAGGAAGAGCGUUUGCUCGACCGGCUUCGAGACAUCCGGCAGACGUCCCUGCGGCAAAUGAGCCAAACUCGCUUCUACGUGGCUGAGAGCAAGGCCGUGGCCCCCCGAGUCUCCCUGUUCGUUGGGGGCCUGCCUCCCGGCCUGUCCCCCCAGGAGUAUGGAAGCCUGCUGGACAAGGCUGUGGCCACCAAAGCUGACCUGGUGACCCUGAGCCACGUCUACUCCUCCCAAGGUGCCGUGGUGCUGGAUGUGGCCUGCUUCGCGGAGGCCGAGCGGCUGUACAUGCUGGUCAGGGACACAGCGGUGCACGGCCGGCUGCUGACGGCCCUGGUGCUCCCGGACGUGCUGCACACGAAGCUGCCCCCGGACUGCCGCCCCCUCCUCGUGUUUGUGAAUCCCAAGAGCGGAGGCCUCAAGGGCCGUGACCUGCUCUGUAGUUUCCGGAAGCUGCUGAACCCUCACCAGGUCUUCGAGCUGACCAACGGGGGGCCUCUGCCCGGGCUCCACGUGUUCGCCCGGGUGCCCCGUUUCCGGGUGCUGGUGUGUGGAGGGGACGGCACCGUGGGCUGGGUGCUUGCUGCCCUGGAGGAGAUGCGGCUCCAGCUGGCCUGCCCGGAGCCUGCUGUGGCCAUCCUGCCCCUGGGCACAGGGAAUGACCUGGGCCGGGUCCUCCGCUGGGGCCCGGGCUACAGCGGAGAGGACCCGCUCUCGGUGCUGGUGUCGGUGGACGAGGCCGACGCCGUGCUGGUGGACCGCUGGACCAUCCUCCUGGACGCGCACGAGGCCGGCGGUGCCGAGAACGGUGUGGCAGACCUGGAGCCCCCCAAGAUCGUGCAGAUGAGCAACUACUGCGGCAUCGGCAUCGACGCGGAGCUCAGCCUGGACUUCCACCAGGCGCGGGAGGAGGAGCCCAGCAAGUUCACGAGCAGGUUCCACAACAAAGGCGUGUACGUGCGUGUGGGGCUGCAGAAGAUGAGCCACGCGCGCAGCCUGCACAAGGAGAUCCGGCUGCAGGUGGAGCAGCAGGAGGUGGAGCUGCCCAGCAUCGAGGGCCUCAUCUUCAUCAACAUCCCCAGCUGGGGCUCAGGGGCUGACCUGUGGGGUUCCGACAGCGACUCGAGGUUUGAGAAGCCUCGGAUGGAUGACGGGCUGUUGGAGGUGGUGGGGGUGACCGGCGUCAUGCACAUGGGCCAGGUCCAAGGCGGGCUGCGCUCCGGCAUCCGCAUCGCCCAAGGCGCCUACUUCCGGGUCACCCUCCUCAAGGCCACGCCCGUGCAGGUGGACGGGGAGCCCUGGGUCCAGGCUCCCGGCCACAUGAUCAUCUCAGCCGUGGGCCCCAAGGUCCACAUGCUCAGGAAGGCCAAGCAGAAACCCAAGAAGGCUGGGACCCCCAAGGACGCCCGAGCGGAGGAGGGGCCUGCCCCCGAGGGGGGCCCCAAGGAGAGGCGGCGCUGAGCAGCCCAGUGGCAGGCAGUGGAUGGACGUGUCUGCAGCCCUGACCUUGGGGUGCCCCUCCCCACAUCCUGCCUCCCAACCGACGGGUGGGCAGGGGCUCCGCCGGCCUGAGCACUGCGCCUGGACCUCCUCUGUCCCCUGGGCGGUCCCAGGUGCUCCUGGGGCAGCCGGCUCCGAGGGUCGCGGUGUGCCCAGCAGAGACGUGGGGACCCGCCCCCACCAGCUCCUGCCUGGCUGUGGCCGGGAGUGGCGACUACACUGCACAGGAGGCCGGCGGGCUGGCCCCCUUCCUAGGAUGGCGUGGGAAGGGCGGGAAGCAGUGCCUGAUGGGACCGAGCUGAGCAGACCAGUGCCCCAGGCCAGAGAACGGAGACGGGGAAU